AUGGCUGCAAGAGGCCUAGGACUCAGCUGGGCUGUAGGUGCCUCUCUUUUCCCUGCUUGGAGACAAGCUCACUGGGAAGCCAGGGGACGCCUAAAGCCUGAGUACGACGCCGUGGUGAUAGGAGCAGGACACAACGGGCUGGUGGCUGCGGCGUACUUGCAGAGACUGGGGGUGAACACGGCCGUCUUCGAGAGACGCCCAGUGAUCGGGGGUGCAGCUGUCACCGAGGAGAUCAUCCCAGGGUUUAAGUUCUCCCGAGCGUCCUACCUCCUCAGCCUGCUGAGGCCACAGAUUUAUACCGACCUGGAGCUGAAGAAGCAUGGCCUGAGGCUUCAUCUUCGAAACCCCUACUCCUUCACCCCGAUGCUGGAAGAAGGCACAGGCAACAAGGUGCCCAGGUCCCUUCUUCUGGGCACAGACAUGGUGGAAAACCAGAAGCAGAUCGCCCAGUUCUCGCGGAAAGAUGCGCAGGCCUUUCCCAAAUAUGAGGCGUUCAUGAAUCGGUUGGCAUUAGCCAUAGACCCUCUGCUCGAUGCAGCGCCCGUGGAUAUGGAGGCCUUCCAGAGGGGUUCCCUGCUGCAAAGGCUCAAGUCGCUCUCCACCCUCAAACCCCUGCUGCAAGCAGGUCGCAUCCUGGGAGCCCAGCUGCCCCAGUAUUACCAGAUCCUCACGGCUCCUAUUACAAAGGUACUGGAUCAGUGGUUUGAGUCUGAGCCUCUAAAAGCCACUCUGGCAACAGAUGCUGUGAUUGGAGCCAUGACAAGUCCCCAUACUCCAGGAAGCGGGUAUGUGCUGCUACAUCACGUGAUGGGGGACCUGGAGGGAAUGCAAGGGGCCUGGGGCUACGUCCAGGGUGGCAUGGGUGCCCUCUCUGAUGCCAUCGCAAGAUCAGCCACCGCACACGGAGCAAGCGUCUUCACCGAAAAGACAGUGGCUGAAGUGCGGGUGAGCAGCGAAGGGCGCGUCCAAGGAGUGGUGCUGCAAGACGGCUCGGAGGUGAGGAGCAAAGUGGUGCUGUCCAAUGCAUCCCCACAAGCCACCUUCCUGAAGCUGACACCACAGGAAUGGCUUCCUGAGGAGUUCGUGGACAAGAUCUCCCGACUAGACACCCAGUCACCUGUUACCAAGAUCAACGUGGCUGUCGACAGGCUGCCUGACUUCCUGGCAGCCCCCAAUGCUCCCGGGGGCCAGCCACUGCCCCAUCACCAGUGCUCCAUCCACCUGAACUGCGAAGACACCCUCCUCCUCCACCGGGCCUUCGAAGAUGCCAUGGAUGGCCUGCCUUCCCACAGGCCUCUGAUCGAGCUCUGCAUCCCUUCCUCGCUGGACCCCACCCUGGCUCCCGCCGGCUGCCACGUCGUCUCGCUCUUCACGCAGUACACCCCCUACACGCUGGCUGGGGGCAAGGUGUGGGAUGAGCAGGAGAGAAACGCUUAUGCGGACAAAGUGUUUGACUGCAUCGAGGCCUACGCCCCUGGCUUCAAGGGCUCUGUGGUGGGCAGGGACAUCCUCACACCACCUGAUCUGGAGAGAAUUUUUGGGCUUCCUGGAGGGAACAUAUUCCACUGUGCCAUGACCCUGGACCAGCUCUACUUCGCCCGCCCUGCACCCCUGCACUCCAGCUACCGCUGUCCUCUGCGGGGCCUGUAUCUCUGUGGGAGCGGUGCCCACCCCGGAGGAGGCGUCAUGGGAGCCGCGGGACGCAAUGCAGCGCAUGUUGUCUUCAGAGACCUCAAGAGCAUGUGACCUUGAACCAACUCUGACCCAGGAAAAAGAAUCCACCCUUGAGAUUUUAAGUCCCUAUUGGGUCAGCUUCCCAGCAUACGGCUGGAGGCAGACAAGCCCUCCUGCUCAAGGCACUAUUUUAGGAGAAACUUACAGGUUACUUUUGAUACUUGUUAACCUGGUGCCCAUGUCUUUAUGAAUGAGCUAGUUCUGUGUUAUUAAAACAAUGUUUUAU